CGUGCCGUCAUCUCCGUGCGACGAAAAUAGGUGAAAGGAGUUCAUGCGUGCGUGUUUACCAGCAAGUGAGGUCGGAAGGUAAACCCGAGGGGGAAAAGCUUAGAAAAUGAACCUCAGCAGAAUAACUGUUUGGUCAAGGGCCGCAACGCUCGGGAAAGGCGUGCGUCUUGCUGCGGGGGUGAGACGCACGGGCGAGGAGGAGCUAGCAACCCACCUUCAGCCACGUCGCUUGAUCGUGUCGAGUGCGAGGAGUCUGGCGUACGCGAAGGAUCUUUUCUUGGGGAAGCUGAACAAGAAUGAGGUCUUUCCCUACCCGGAGAUUAGUCAUGAGGAAUUGGAAGAGAUCAAUCAAUUCGUCCCGCCAGUCGAGAAGUUUUUCAGGGAAGACGUUAAUUCGAAGAAGAUUGACGAAGAGGCCGUGAUCCCCCAGGCGACGCUGACUGGGCUGAAGGCCCUGGGUCUGUUCGGCAUCCAGGUGCCCGAGGAGUACGGGGGCCUUGGCCUCUCAAACACGAUGUAUGCCAGAUUAGGAGAGAUCCUGUCCCUCGAUGCAGCUAUCGCUGUCACGCUGUCAGCACAUCAGGCCAUUGGGUUGAAGGGUAUCCUGAUGGCUGGGACGGAGCAGCAGAAAGCGAAGUACCUCCCCCGCUUGGCUUCGGGAGAGCACAUGGCGGCCUUCUGUCUGACGGAACCCGGGAGCGGAAGUGAUGCAGCGUCGAUCCAGACCCGAGCGACACUCACAGAGGACGGGAAGCACUUCGUACUCAACGGCUCGAAGAUCUGGAUCUCCAACGGCGGCUGGGCAGACAUCAUGACCGUGUUUGCCCGGACGGAGGUGCUGGACGCGGACGGGCAAAAGAAAGAUAAGAUCACAGCAUUCAUCGUGGAGAGGGCAUUCGGGGGGGUGAGCAGCGGCAAGCCAGAGGACAAGCUGGGAAUCCGGGGCUCCAACACGUGCGAGGUGACGUUUGAAGACACGAAGGUCCCAGUCGAGAACGUGAUUGGUGAGGUUGGCGGAGGGUUCAAGAUUGCCAUGAACAUCCUGAACAGUGGGAGGUUCAGCAUGGGCAGUGCUUGUGCAGGCAUGAUCAAAAAGUUGAUCGAGAUGGCGGCGGAGUAUGCCGGCACCAGGAAACAGUUCAACAAGAAGCUCACAGAGUUCGGAAUGGUUCAGGAGAAGUUUGCCAUCAUGGCCCAGAAUGCCUUUGUGAUGGAGAGCAUGGCAUACCUGACGGCUGGGAUGAUGGACCGGCCCGGACUUCCCGACUGCUCAGUGGAGGCGGCUAUGGUGAAGGUGUUCAGCUCGGAGGGGGCCUGGGUGUGUGUGAGCGAGGCACUGCAGGUUCUGGGUGGUGUGGGAUACACCAAGAACUACCCCUUCGAGCGCUUCCUCAGGGACUGUCGCAUCCUGCAGAUUUUUGAGGGCACCAAUGAGAUCUUGAGGAUGUACAUAGCGCUCACAGGAAUGCAGUACGCUGGCAAAAUACUCACAGGAAAAAUAAAGGAGAUGAAAAGAGGGAGCGUGGGUGUGGUACUUGAGAUGCUAGGGAAGAAAGUGCACGGCUCUCUGAGGAGGAACCAAGACCUGGGCCUGACCGGCCAAGACGGCCUGGUGCACCCGAGUCUAACGGAGAGUGCUAAGAUGUUAGAGGAGAAUGCGGUGCUCUUUGGUUCCACCGUGGAAAGCCUACUGUACAGAUACGGAAAGACCAUCGUGGAGGAGCAGCUGGUGUUGAAGCGUGUGGCUGAUACACUGAUUAACAUCUACGCCAUGACGGCAGUCCUGUCCCGAUCCAGCCGUUCCAUCAGCAUUGGCCUGCGCAAUCAUGACCACGAGGUGCUGCUCGCUAACAAUUUCUGCAAGGAAGCGUACUUCAAAAAUAACUACUGGCUGGUUCAGUUGCAGAAAGGCUCCCCGGAGAACAAUGACGCCAACAUAAAGAAGAUCGCUCAGGCAGUCCUGGAAAAGCGCGCGUACAUCUGCUCACACCCCCUUGACAGAACGUACUAAGAUGGCUCAUGUAUCGCCAACAGAUGUGAUGGUUUUCCUGCCUUCUGAUUGGGUGUUCGCCUACACUCCUAGGCGCUUAUUGGAUGACGAGUUUGAUUUGCAUUAGCAGUGUUAGGAGGGAUUGAGUUUACCACAGUAGACCUCACGGAGACUCAUUCUCAUUUCAGUUGUUGUUUAAAUUGUUUGAAAUAUAAUUUUUAAAAAAACAACUUAAAGUAACAAGUAAGUACCCCGGUUUUCUUUAAACUAGUUUAUGAUUUUUUUUUUAAUACUCUGUUGUGGAGUGUUUUACUGUAGUAGUUAUAUUAAUAAUUAAUAAUAUUUCACUUUUACAAUGUUAUAAACCGGUUGAAUUUCCUUCAGUUUUAUUUCCUGCUGUACCGCUGUAGCCGCUGUUGGUGAGCCGAGGUCGUCUGCGGAACGUGUGCGGUGGGUUCUCGGUGGUGCUUUGUCCUUUCUCUGACAUGUCCCCUGCACUGGGUGUGAGACAGAGCAGUACAUGUCUGAGGAGGUUUCUGGAAGAUGUGCAGACGCUCCUGUCCGCACAGGAGAGGCAGUGCAGCUCGCCUGUGUUGAAAGUUUCCUAGUAACAUCUGUGGAAAGCAGAUGGGAAUGCAACAUUUUUAUUUGCUUUCUUCUGGGCAACAGCGUGUGCUUUUGUUUUUUUUCCCUGAAAUCCGAGCAGCUUCGAGUACACGCGAUUUACACGCCGGUGUCUAAAUCUGGAAGUCUUUUGUUGGCUCCUUUCCAAAGCUGCCCUGAAGCAGUGGUUGGGACUGAGUUUACCAGCUUUGUGCUGUGUGAGUGAAACGUGGGACUGUGGUUCCGGGCGGUGCCGGCUGAUCUGGGCUCGUUCCCUCUCUCUGCCCUGGGGCACUGGAGUCGUUGCUCGGGACUAAAAACACACCGGGUGGUUUUUCGAUGUUCUGUUCAAUAAAACCUGUGCGAUGGGACUAAAAUAAAGCAACAGUUAUAUCGAUAAAACUGAA